UAUAAUUGAGUCGGCAUUAGGCCUAUGUAAACCAACUUGAUUUCGACAAAGCUUUGAUAUUGCUUGCUUUGCAAGCUUUACGCUAGACGGAGAAUCUAAAAUUCACUAGAAAGAGGAUAUCAAGUCAAUUAAUCUUCUCUUCUUAUUUUUUACUUUUUAGGUCAAGAAAACCACAUCAAUCUAUAGAUAAUCGUUUCAGAUAAUUCUCUGGUUUCCUGUUUUCUAUAAGACGGCAAAAAGGAAACUGAGAAAUAAGAAUUGGCAAAGACAAGAAAAAUGGAAAAGUUGAUUUCAAUUGUGAAAAGGAAACUAUGACGCAUGUGUUUGGCUAUAAAAGGAAGACGUCCCCCAACACAAUCAAAGAGCAAUAAAGACAGAAAGAGAGAAGAGAGCACAGCAAGUUCAUAUCUAAGCUCAGCAGUCAGCUCUUUACACUUUAGGUUUUUAAAUCAUGCCGAAGAACAAAGGAAAAGGAGGAAAGAACAUUAAGAGAGGUAAAAAAGAAGCAGACGACGAUAAACGAGAGAUCAUCUUCAAAGAAGACGGCCAAGAAUACGCUAUAGUUCUCCGCAUGUGUGGCAACGGACGGUGCGAAGCCAAGUGCAUAGAUGGAAUCACAAGGAUGUGUCACAUCAGAGGUAAGAUGCACAAGAAGGUUUGGAUUAGCGCUGGUGACGUUAUUCUUGUCGGACUAAGGAUGGAUAUGGACAACGACACCAAAGCUGACAUCAUCCAUAAGUAUACUCCUGACGAAGCUCGUUUUCUCAAGAGUUGUGAUGAGCUUCCUCGUGACCUUCGUCUUAACGAAGGGGUUGCUGAUGUGUUUGAUGUGGAGGAUGACGUUGUUUGUGGUCAGGACUAUUUUGAGUUUGGUGAUGAUGAGAUUGAUAGGCUCUAAACUAAGCUUUACAUGUAUUUUUUAAUUAUUUUUUACUUUAUUCUUCUUUCUAAGUCUCUCAAACUUGAUUGAUGUCUUCUCUCAGAUUUUUAGUCGGUUAAUAAAAUAUUUUCAUUCUAUGAUUGAAUAGUUUCUAACUGUUUUAGCUAUUGGUUGAAUGGCUACACAAGCGGGUGAAUCUGAGUUUGGUAGAUUUCGAAUUUGAAGUGUUUAUCACUUUUCCAAAUUCGCCAUACCAUUCGACCACGCUUGUGUGGUUAAUAGAA